CUAAUCCCUUAAAUGCAAUUGCUGUCUUUUGUAGGAGAAAACUGACAUAGAAGGGACCUUAUUUGUGUACAAAAGGUCAGCUUCUCCUUAUCAUGGUUUUACGAUAGUGAAUCGACUGAACAUGCACAACCUGGUUGAGCCAGUAAAUAAAGAUUUGGAAUUUCAGCUCCAUGAACCUUUUCUUCUUUACAGAAAUGCUAGCUUGUCAAUUUACAGUAUCUGGUUUUACGACAAGAAUGACUGUCAUCGAAUAGCAAAACUCAUGGCUAAAGUGGUAGAACAAGAAGCUCAGAGAUCACAGCAAGUUUCCCAGGACAGAAAAAGUCCCAGCAGAACCAAUGGCUGGAAUGAAAACAGGCCCAUUGACAUCCUGGAAAUGCUUAGUAAAGCCAAGGAUGAAUACGAACGAAAUCAGAUUAGUGAUUUAAGUAUUGUAUCAAGUUCUGGAAUGCAACAAAAUGCAAAUCCUCCAAAGCCAGAAAGCACAGAGCCUUCAGAACAAAAAACUUCAUUACAAGUGCCAGAGCAGCUUGCAUUGAACCUCUGCUGGUAUGACCAUUUGGUAAUGAUACCAGUCUGCUUAGCUGAUUCAUUCAUACUUGGAUUGUGGAAAAAGCCAUUUCAGUCAAGGCAGAAGCAUCUGACUUUGGAGGAACUGUUUGGAACCUCCAUACCAAAGGAACAGCCCGCCGCUCCGUAUCCCAAUCCAGAGAGAAUGGAGAAGUUGCAGACUGACACUUCUGCCAGAGAGCAGCAUGGUUUGCUCUUGCCUUUUUCCUUUGACCAGUCAACAGUAAUGCAACAAUCACUAGGGAAAUCUGAAAGUCCAAGCAUUAAAAGCAGUGCCAAUCCUUUGAAUCAUUUGACACCUAUGCUAAUACCUCCAGCUUCAAUUUCCCAGCCUGAUACAAAAAAUGUUUCAAGCUAUUCAGUUCGUUUAAGCCCUAUUCUUAAUUCAGCCUCAACAAUGGAAGCUGCCCCUGCUCAGAUGCUUCCUGGCCUAAAACAAAACAACAGUAUAAUGCAAGUUAUGCAGCAAGCUGCCAAGCAGAUAUCCCCACUAGUGAAUCAGCCGCCAUCUGAAGUGAACCACGCUCCACAAAAUCUAAUGGCUGGCCAAAGCCAGCUUAUAGCACCCUUGACAUCAACAAGUACAGGAACUGUCUCAAAUACAUCCCAUACAAGUGUUGAUCUUCUCCAGAAACUCAGGUUGACCCCACAGCAUGACCAAAUGCAACAGCAGUCUCUCACUAAGACUUCCUUAACACCAAACAUCUCUGCCUCGGUUGGCCAACUUGCAACGCCAGAAAGCUUCAAAGAAUCUCACAGUAAGCCAUCAACCUUGAACAGCAAGAUAAUCUCUCCCCUUCAGACUGUACAACAGAACAAGGAAUCAGAAGUAUUUCCACAGCCAAAGACUUUGUCUAAAGCAAGUCAAGUUGCGCCUCCGCAGUUUGUCACAGCCACAACUACAGUAACACCUUCAAUCCUCUUGUCUCCUAGUGUUUUUCAACAAUCAGCUACAAAAGCUACUGAAGUGGAGAAUAAAGCCAAUUCUUCUUCGCCUUUAACACUUGGAACAACAGAAAUUCAGACUAUACCUCCUACUGUUCUCAGUAGGUCUCAGCUUCAGGAAGCACUGAUACAUCUAAUAAAGAAUGAUUCCCAUUUUCUCAGCACUAUUCAUGAAGUCUACUUGCAAGUCCUAACCAAGAAUACAGACAACAUUAAGCUAUAAUCGAAGCUAAAUCUACUUAAAAUAUAUCCAUUUUAGAAACAAUUAUGCCUCAUCUAUAAAACUAAUAUUUUUGUAAAAGAAUAUUUAGUUUUCAACUUCUUGAAUUUGAACCUGUUAGGAAAGACUAUUCCUUAGAUACUUAAGAAAGUAAUGUUCUCAGAAGCGAUCUAGGUUUUCACUGUGAUCAUCACCAGCAAACCUUUGUUUUUAUUGGGGAGGGGACUUGAGUUGCAUUUGAGCUCUCAUUAGCAUUAAGUGAAUGUGCAAAUGUUUGCUCUGGCUUUCAUUCCUAGCUGUAUUCACUGUCCAAGUAUUACAGACUCAAUACUAUUUAAACCAGCAUAUACAUAGUACAGUACACUACACCACACCAGAACAAACUUCAGUUGUGGGAACCUAGUUCCAGUUUGAGGGACUGAGGAAAAGGAGAGCAAAAUGCCUUGUGGUUAAGUUGGCAGAAGUGGGGAAGGAAUGGAUCUGGAAGCCAGGCCUUUGGAGCUAAAUCUUUAACAAAGGGUUUAAAAAUGUGAUUUGCUCAAUACGUUGACAGUCUCUAGCUAAUGCACAUAUAUUCACUUUUUAAAUAUUCCAUUAAUCAUAUUUGCUUCUGCGUCACUGACAUUAAACAGGUAUCCAAGUGAGUAAGGCCAUUUUCUCUAAAAACACAAAAUUUGAAAUAUGCAAAAUCCUUGCUGAUUAUCUUUUUUUUUUUUUUUUUUAAGUUAAGGUUUUUUUUUUUGAAGUUCUCUUGUUUUAAAUGUAUAGUAAGGAGACCACCACUGGAAGACUCUUCCUAUUCAGCAGUGUUUGAUAUAAUUUAAAUACUUUCUUUCCCUUCUAGCUUAAAGAUGGACCAUGUCAUAGUUGGCUUUCAUUCCUCAGUUGCAUUGGAAGUGCAGUGUUGAAAACUAUGCAGAUGGGGAACAAAUGCAUGCCUUUAUUCUGUUGCCCUCUCCCCAGAUUGUUAGUGCACACUUCAUAGUCUGUAGUUUAUCUAAUUAAAACGUUAUUGCUUCUUAUAUGUGAUUUAGUAAUUCGCUGUUCACUAAUAUAAGAACUUAACUGGAUACUUUCCCAUUUGAAAUCAGAAAAUUUCUAAUUAUAGUUCCUUAAGCUGCUGUGUUGGUUUACCCAUGGCUUGUAUUUAUUUCUGAAAGGCAUGCAAAGGUAAUUAAUAAGACUUCAGGUCCCAACUUUCUCCAGCAACAGUAGUUUUAAAGGAUACUUUUCCAGUAGAAAAGUUUUGGUUUAUUGAGUAAAGAGAUAAUCUUUAGUGAGUUAUGAUGCACUGCUGCUUUCUUUUCCCUCAAGCACUAUUGCAAUAUGAAAAAAAACUGUUUGGCUCCUCACAACGUAUAUGUAUGUGUAUAUAUCCUAAGGAUUAGUUAAUGUUGACAUAGUCAAGGUGCAUGGUCAUUUCAUUGGAAACUAGUAAUUGAGCUUUAAUUGUGAUUUGUUCACAAAUGGGUAUGUUUUAGAUACAACAAAUAUUUACAUUUUUAUGUACUUGAUCUAUUUUAGGUUUUUUCAUAGCUUUUUAGUGGAAAAUGUAUUUUGUUUAGCACUAUCUGCCUUCUGAAAAGUUGUUCUCAGCCUUUGAGUUUUCAGUGUUUCCAGUUAAAAUAUAUAGUAUUUUGUUAGAAAAAUGUGCCAGAUUCAGGGAAAGAUGCUAAUGUCAUGCACAUUCAUCAAGAAAAUAUAUUGGCUUUAAUGGUAGCAUUUUGAAUUCAGCAAUAUAAACUCAGCCUUGUUAAGGAAGAUAGGAGCUUCCUACAUAAAUUCUAGAGUUAUAAUACUCUGUGUAUGCGCAUAAACAAUGAGACUCAAAUUGGAUCUAAGGUCUAAACUAAUUUCUGUUGUUGGGUUUUUUUUAGAAAAGGUUUCACUAAAGGGACAAACCAAUGAGCAGUUCCUCUGAACAAAAAUGUAUAGGCUAAACCAAAUGCAGAGUUGCUUUUUAUCUGGAUUUAGCAAAGAUGAAGUCCAUAACUUCUCACUUCUUAUGGACAGUUUCCAGUUUCUUCAAAGGAAGAUUUGAUAAAAGUUUCUAAGAAUAGAAAUACUAGAAGCUGGUUGUGUAUGUUUGUACUGUUUGCCGAAUACAGUCAUAUCCAAAGAUCUAUAGAAAUUAUAGGAAGGAGUUGUGGUUUUGAGUUCUUCGGUCAUAUACAGUUGACAAAAGUCAUUCUGUUUAGAGUAGCAGUGCUGUUAUGAGAGUUUGACUCUACUUUGACUAUCCUUAACUUCUUUGCAGCUGUCCAGGAGCCCCCACAAGCAGUUGGCAGAUCCUUACUUUACUUUGGUUUUGUAGUGUACUAGUAGAAAUUGCAUUACUGCUUUACCCACCCACCCCCUGCCCCAACUUUCAAAAUGAAAGAGAAAACAGAGUUGAAAUCAUAGUUACUAGGCAGGCAUUUUUACAUCAAGCAAACCCAUUCAUCUUGAACACCUGUACAUGUUUGUUCUAACCUCUCGAUGUGUAGCCAGCAGACACUGGAACCAACCUAGGUGUCAUCCAGUGCACCAUAGGGAUUUAUGACAAGUGCCAGUGUAGUGGGUUUAACAGAUAAAUCUCUUUAAUCAAAAGUUGCAUUCUAAAACACAAGCUCAACUACAGUGUAAAAUUUGAAAUUUUUUUUUAAAUGUGGACUCUGUUAUUUAACAACUUUUUUUCCCUCUGUAUUUUAACUUUUUGUAUUAAUCUAAAACUACCAGCUUGUUGAAGUGCCCAGUUUCUGUUAUCCACAUGUAGCAAGUUACCAUGGGUCAUCACAGGAAACUAUUGUGACCAUUUUCAAGUGAUUUUUUUUUUUUUUUUU